GCGGCUGAGGCGGGAGCGGCGACGGCGGCAGCGGCGGCGGCGCAGCGGCAGCUGGGGGGACUGGUAUGGUGGUUCCACAGGUCAGACCCCGCUGCACUCACUGGGAGGAGGAGGCGGAGGAAGGAGGCGAACCCCGAGAGGCAUGCCCAAAGAAAAGUACGAUCCACCUGACCCCCGGAGGAUGUACACAAUUAUGUCCUCAGAGGAAGCAGCCAAUGGAAAGAAAUCACACUGGGCAGAGCUUGAAAUAAGUGGAAAAGUCAGAAGCUUAAGCUCAUCUUUAUGGUCACUGACCCACUUGACAGCUUUGCAUCUUAGUGACAAUUCUUUAUCCCGAAUUCCUUCAGACAUUGCCAAGCUUCAAAAUUUGGUUUAUCUGGACAUGUCCUCUAAUAAAAUCCGUAGUUUACCAGCAGAACUCGGAAACAUGGUGUCACUCAGGGAACUCCAUUUAAACAACAACCUGUUACGAGUUCUACCUUUUGAGCUGGGAAAACUGUUUCAGUUGCAGACUUUAGGUCUAAAAGGAAAUCCACUUACACAAGAUAUAUUGAACCUCUAUCAGGAACCAGAUGGAACAAGAAGGCUAUUGAACUAUUUGCUUGAUAAUUUGGCAGGUACUGGAAAAACAAUGGCAACAGAACAACCACCUCCAAGAUCUUGGAUUAUGUUACAAGAACCAGACAGAACAAGGCCAACUGCUUUGUUUUCUGUGAUGUGCUACAAUGUUCUUUGUGAUAAGUAUGCAACUCGGCAAUUAUAUGGCUAUUGUCCAUCAUGGGCACUUACUUGGGAGUACAGAAAAAAGGCCAUUAUGCAGGAAAUCUUGAGCUGCAAUGCUGACAUCAUAAGUCUUCAGGAGGUUGAAACUGAACAGUAUUACAGUUUUUUUCUGGUAGAACUAAAGGAACGCGGCUAUAAUGGAUUCUUUAGUCCAAAAUCUAGAGCUAGGACAAUGUCAGAACAGGAAAGAAAACAUGUUGAUGGUUGUGCAAUAUUCUUCAAGACAGAAAAAUUCACAUUGGUUCAAAAACACACUGUUGAAUUCAAUCAACUAGCAAUGGCAAAUUCAGAAGGGUCUGAAGCUAUGCUGAACAGAGUUAUGACAAAAGAUAACAUUGGAGUUGCAGUGCUACUAGAACUUCGAAAAGAAUUGAUUGAAAUGUCAUCUGGAAAACCACAUCUUGGAACAGAAAAGCAGCUUAUUCUCGUUGCUAAUGCACAUAUGCAUUGGGACCCUGAAUAUUCUGAUGUGAAAUUGGUACAAACUAUGAUGUUCCUCUCUGAAGUAAAGAACAUUAUUGACAAAGCCUCUCGGAGUCUCAAGUCCAAUGUACUGGGAGAAUUUGGAACCAUUCCACUUGUGCUAUGUGCAGAUCUCAAUUCUUUGCCAGAUUCUGGUGUUGUAGAAUAUUUGAGUACUGGUGGAGUAGAAACAAAUCAUAAGGACUUCAAAGAACUGAGAUACAAUGAAAGUCUUACUAACUUCAGCUGUAAUGGGAAAAAUGGAACAACAAAUGGAAGGAUUACACAUGGUUUCAAGUUAAAGAGUGCCUAUGAGAAUGGCCUAAUGCCUUAUACAAAUUACACAUUUGACUUCAAGGGUAUAAUUGACUACAUCUUCUACUCUAAACCUCAACUAAACAUCCUAGGCAUUCUUGGACCUCUGGAUCACCAUUGGCUAAUAGAGAACAAUAUAAGCGGCUGUCCACAUCCACUCAUCCCUUCUGACCACUUCUCACUUUUUGCACAACUGGAGCUCUUACUACCCUUCCUGCCCCCAGUCAAUGGUAUCCACCUUCCUGGCAGAAGGUAG